CGCUCCACUAAGCAACCUCUCUUUCUUUUCUUCUUUAUUUCCCCAACAUCCAUCCCACAUAUACAUACACACACACACAUUAAUUAAUAUAUGCGUCUCUGUGUCCGUGUCUCUGUGUGUGUGUGGGUAUAUAUAUAUAAGAGUUACUCAUAUAGGAGUUUGUUAGCCAAAACGUUUGCAUCAAUCGCUGGUGCAAGGUCUGUCCAAACUCUCCCACUCUCUAACGGAAAACACUUCCCCACCAUAUAUUCUCUCUCUCUCUCUCUCUCGUCUUCGUUCUUCGUUCUUGCUUUCUUCUUCGCUCUUAUCUCUCUCGCUUCACUUGCACAGUUUCUAGCUAGCUGGCAGAAGGAGAUAAGAUCGAUUCUGCAGAAGAGGAAGAGGAGGAGGAGGAGGAAGAAGACAAAUUAAAGGAUCAUAUACUUUAAACCCUAAUUAAUAACUAUUAGGGUUUGAUUCCUCGGUUCUGUAGUUUGUUUCUGGUUUUGUAGUUAGGGAGAUAAUAAUAUGUGUAGUAGAGGCCAUUGGAGGCCGGCCGAGGAUGAGAAGCUUCGAGAGUUGGUGGAGCGUUAUGGACCUCAUAAUUGGAACGCCAUAGCUGAAAAGCUUCGAGGAAGAUCAGGGAAGAGCUGCAGGUUGAGGUGGUUCAAUCAGCUGGACCCAAGAAUUAAUAGGAGUCCAUUCACAGAGGAAGAAGAAGAGAGGCUUCUGGCUUCUCACAGGAUCCACGGAAACAGAUGGGCUGUGAUUGCGAGGCUUUUUCCAGGACGAACUGAUAAUGCUGUCAAGAAUCACUGGCACGUCAUGAUGGCUAGGAUUCGCCGAGAAAGGUCCAAGCUUUAUGCAAAACGGCCUCAUCAUCAUCAGCUCACCACAUCACAGUGUUCUCCACUGCGAUCAGAUCCUCCUAAUACUGAUGAUCAUGAUCAGGAUCAUCAUCAUCAUCAUCAUCGCUCAAGCUAUGAUACAAUUCUUAGGACGACGACCAGUCCUGCUGCUAGUCUUGUUCCUGCUUUUGUUGAGAAAUACUAUGACAAGCUUGCUUUGCCAUCAGCUUAUUGUCUCCCUUAUAACCCUUUCCUUCAAUUUCCCAGAAAGUUUGAUCAUCACUUUCAAAAUCCAGCUUCCUCUUCAUCAAAACUUCAUGAUAAAAGUCAUCAAUCAGUUGAGUUCUAUGACUUUCUUCAAGUAAACACUGAUUCUAACAACAGAAGCGAGGUAACAGACAACGCCAGAAGAGAAGACGAGGAAGUGAAUCAAGAUAGUGAACAUAAUGUUAGAGGACGACAGAGAAAAGACAGGACUACUGCUGGUGGUAGUGGUGUUCCGUUUAUCGAUUUUUUAUCUGUUAAUGGAAGCUCCCAACACAAGUUCGAUCGUACUCAUCAUGCACAAGAAUCGAUGCACUUUCAUACAUAUAUUUUGUAAGAACUUCAAACCUGACUAGACCAAAGACUUACAUUUAGAUCCAUACACACACACACGCACUUCGACAGAGAGAAAUGUAUUUGCGUUUUGAGGAUAUAUACACACUUGUAAAAAUGGUUAAGGGAAGCUCUAUUUGUCAAGAUAUUGUAUGAGUUUAACUGAAGGAAUGUAGAAAAUCCAUUGAUAUUAGCAUGAACAA